AGAAAAACAAAACAAACCCGAGAGCUCAACGCGUGGACUCCAUUGAUAAUGGCCUUAUUAUCGUCAACAUAGGAACCGAUACGAGACCCAACACGAAGCGAGACGUUUACGUGGGUGUCCUGAAAGACCUGCAGUAUACAGGGAACCACACCAGACUAGAGCAGAACAGACCAAACCAAACCAGGUCUAGUCCAGUUUGUGGGCCUCCUGCCCACCUCCCUUCCUGAGCCUUGCAGCCUACACACCCCAGCGCUCUGUGAUUGUCUCCCUCGGCUUCGCUUUCUUGUGCUGAUCAGACAGCCUCACACCGCUGGGACUGGACAGGAGACCCAGAGGUUCCCCCCGCUGGAGCUCUGAGCUGUGCCUGGCAAUGCCUCAGCCCAGCAUCAGUGGGAUGGAGCCUCCCUUUGGGGAUGCCUUUCAGAACUACUCGUUUGCUGACCAGGCCCUGACCAGCACUGAGCUGCUCGCCAGCAGCUCUGACCCAGAUUUCAUGUACGAACUGGACAGAGAUAUGACCCACCGGCAGAGCCCCUGUGGAGAUAACGUGGUGGGGGUCGGGGAUGGGGGAAAGGAGGUGGAGGGCUGCGUGGAUCAGCUGAUGGGAUUGGGAGAGUAUGAGACGGUCUGCAGCAGCUCCGCAUUCGAACAGUGGGACUCCUCCUGGGAGGACCUCACCAGAUAUACACGGCUGGCCAGCUGUGACAUCUGGGGCACCAAAGAGGUGGACUUCCUCGGACUGGAUGACUUCUCUAGUCCCUACCAGGAUGAGGAGGUGAUCAGCCGAACCCCAACACUGGCGCAGCUCAAUAGUGAGGAUUCACAGCCUGUCUGCGAGGCACUCUACCACUCCACCACUGACCUGUCCCUACCUGCCUCACAGUCUCAGUCUCAGUUUCCCCUCCCCCCCUGCCACAAUAAGAGACCCCCAGGGUUUAGCCUAGGAUCUGGGCCUGGCACUACACGGCUCCCGCCCGCAGCCCCGUCCUCAUCCCAUCCCUCCCGCAGCCCUCUCCCUGACUUCCCUGAGGGUCCCCAAAAAGCCACCUGGCCUGUUCCUUCCAGCACUGAGGCUAUGGCCAAGUCCCAGAACCACCUCAGUCUCACCCAGGACCUCACACAAGCUCCACCCAAGCCCCAGGGGUACGGAACCAAGAUGGCAGCCCCACACUCCCACGGCUCUGACUUUGUGCGGAAGGCCAAAGUCCGAGUGAGCGCCGCCCAUAAAGCUCAGACAGACAUAACCUCCCAGCAGGAGGUUGAGGGGUCAGAUCCGCCUCUACCGCUCUCCCAGCCCCAAGAUGAAAAGGCCUCUACUUCAGGAAACGCCGCCUUUGUUGGGGUCGCUGGCACCGCAGCCGGUGGCUCUGGCGGUGCAGAAGGGACAGGGAGGAGGGAGGUGCCUGUCAGCUGGUCAGCCGCCGUGCCCCAGCUGGUCGCAGCUAGCCAGGCCUUGGAUGACAAUACCUCUGGGCUGGUGAGCGGCAGCAUUAGCCUGCCAGGGGCUAGCAGUAGUGUUCUGGUCGUGGAGGGCACCGAGAAGAGCAAGGAGGAGGAGCACAACUACUCUCUGUUCCUGACCCGCACCAGACUGGCUGAGAGAGCUCACUCCCAGCAGGAGGAGGAGGACGAAGAGGAGGAGGAAGAGGUGGAGGAAGAAGAAGAGGAGGCCGAGGGGCUGGAGCUCAAUGACGAAGACCACGACGAGGGCUUUGGCAGCGAGCACGAGCUGUCUGAGAAUGAGGAGGAAGAGGAAGAGGAGGAGGACGAAGACUAUGAAGCAGACAAGGAUGACGACAUGAGCGAUGCCUUCUCCGAGCCAGGCUGUGAUGUGGAGUUGAUGGAGGACAUUAAAGGCCUGACAGCAGGAGUUUCCAGUCGGAAGAGAGGCAAGCGCCGCUACUUCUGGGAGUACAGUGAGCAGCUCACCCCCUCCAAACAGGAACGCAUGCUCAAGCCCUCUGAGUGGGACAGACAUACGCUGCCUAGCAACCUAUACCAGAAGAACGGGCCUCUCCAUGGAAAGUACAUGCUGAAGAAGUCUCGCCGUACGGAUGUGGAAGACCUGACUCCCAAUCCACGGAAGCUGCUGCAGAUCGGCACUGAGCUCCGCAAACUCAACAAGGUGAUCAGCGACUUGAUCCCGGUCAGUGAGCUGCCGGUCACUGCACGACCACGGUCCCGCAAGGAGAAGAACAAGCUGGCAUCCAGAGCUUGUCGCUUAAAAAAGAAAGCCCAGUAUGAAGCAAACAAGGUCAAGCUGUGGGGACUCAGCACAGAAUACGAUCGGCUGCUGUUUGUGAUCAAUGCCAUCAAAGAGGAGAUAGUGACACGGGUGAAGGACUCCUCCCCGCAUUCAAGCAACAUGACUGACACUCUGGACAGGCUCAUCCAGGAGACGCUUGUGACAUCACCUGUUGCCGGGCAGACCUCAGACUUUGUCAACCAGAUCUUGGAGAACACUGGGCGCGGCGAUCCCACCGGAGGACUGGUCGGCCUGCGAGUCCCCACCUCCAGAAUCUAGACAAAUCCCACCCACCCCUGAGAGGAGUGGGUUAAAUAUUACCACCGUGCUGUCCCAUUGUAACUAUGCUCCCCUCUGCAUGCCCCGCCUUCCUAGAGUACAUACACAUUGUUAGUCACACAAGCACACAUACCACUCCCUGUGUGUAUGUAUGUAUGCUUGUUUAGCCAUGCACCCGUAUGGCAUAGACCCUAGCUUUCUGUCUCUGCGCACAGCAGUGCUGCAGAGACGUCACCGUCUCCCAACUCAUCAUGAGCGUCUGUUGGGAAAAGCGUCUUAAAAAGCAGGUGAUGGUUUAGGUGUGUAGCUAAUAGCACGUCCUAAAUCCACUGGUGAUUAAUAGAUGUGUAUAGUGUAACAUUGUGUUAGCUCCAGGCUAGGGUCAGCUCUGUCAGUGGUCUGCUCCUGUAGAGCCUAACGACAGUCACAUGAGUGUAACCACUGGUAUAGUUUCACACAAUUUGAAAGAAAGAAUUGUUUCAGAUUGGAAACCAUUGAAGGCUCAAGAAGCUCCAGUUAUUAUUUAUUAAAAAUGUCACCUCUCAUGGCAACAAUAACAACAGAAAAAGAAUAGUUCCAGGUUGUUAAUCAACCUACUCAACAACACUCUUUGAUUACCGUGGCUGUGGCAGCCAAGGCUGACAGUGCAGAACUGCAGAGAGAAGCAGCGUGCUGAAAGGCAUUAUGGGGUAGCAGGAAAUAUUUUUGCAUUGAAGGCCUGAAUAUGGUCAUGCCAUCCCCUGUGUGCCAGUCUGCGCUGCUGUGAAGAGGUAAGGAUUAAUGUUUAGCAUGUUAAAUGCUCACAAAAAAUCCCUCAGACAAUAUUGAGUUGAAACUUUAGCGGAUGAAUGAAUUCUCUGCCUUGUUAGAAAGUUAAAUUUAGACUUGAGAAUGAAGCACCAGAUGUCCUGCUGAUCGACUGAAUUUAGGCAGGUGGACGCUUUGACAAUGUUAACUAAAACAUCAGGAAGUAGGCGACCAUGUUGCGUGGAAGGGGAUGUAGUUUGGUGCUUUGGCCUCAUCCAAAGCUCUUUUCUGGCUCUAAUCGGAUGAAACGGCCAGGUGAAAUGGCCAGCGUGCCAGUACGGGAGCAGACUGUGAGGUAGAUGGCGGUGGCAGCAGCGGCGAUGAUGAUGAUGAAGAAGAUUAUUUACGAUGAUCCAUCUCCUCUAGGAACUGUUCUGAAAGUGUCUCCCAAUGGAAGCGGCAUCGGGCCCCCUUUUUUUGUAUAGUAGGGAUGACCAGGCUAACAGUUUGGUGUGUUCAUACUAGUGUUUGAUCAGAGUUAUAUUCAUUGUGCCUUGUGUAUGUAUGUGUGUGUGUGUGCGUGCAUGUGUGUGUGAGUGUGUGAGAGGGAUGGAGAGAGGAGAGGUGAUUGGUCAGAACUCCCUGAGGUCCAAACAAGGAGAGGACUACUUUACACUUAGGGAUCAUUAAUGAGUGCAAGGAGGGAGACACCUGUGGGGUUUGUUGUAUUUCAGCUGUUUAAAGAUAUUCUGAAUGUACAUAAGAAAAUGGAAGCUCUCGAUGCGUGAUGCCACAGAGUCUGUGUAUAUAGGAGGGCUCUGCAAUAGAUUACCUAUGGUUUUUGGUACUCUUGUCUUUGGGGAAAGGGGAGAGGGUUAAAAGAUAUUUUCGUUUAGAGUUACAAAAAAAUAUUUGCACACUAUAUUUUGAUUGUUUUUUGUACCAAAGACACAUGCAACGAAAUGGCGACCAGCCAGUUAAAGUAAGGUUUUGCACAGCUUACCUGACGCCGUAUUGAAUGUAAGAAAUGUGGGAGGGUCAGGGAAUUUCAUAGAACUGUGAAAUUAGCUCUGGUCCAAUUCUGUAUAGAAAAGGAACAUUCAUUUAGUUGUUGUUUUCUUGUUUUCUUUCUUUCUUUUUUUUUUUUUUAUCUAAAAACUUAUCACAUCCCUGGGCUUCUCCAGUAGAUUUAUUGUUAAGGAAGCACUUCAUUCCUGAAUUGAUUCCACCCUCCACAUGCUAAUUGUGUUAUGGCGCUAUGUAGGACAAAUAUGAGAGCGCUAGUAGAUAAGCUAUGUUACAUUUUUGCUUGUUUUGUCAAAAUGUCACCAACAAUAACCAAAAUGUUAUGUAUCUGUGUCACUUGUUUGAUUUCUGUAUGUAGAUGAGAUUUAGUCCAUCAAAAUAUUAACUGAAUUAUGUGUUUUAAAGUACUGUAUAUAACAACAUUCAUGAUAUAUCUAUCAAUGGUGAAUUGCCACUUUUCAUGACAAUUGAUACAUUAUUAAGCAUGACACAUUUCUAAAGCCUAUCCUUGCAUUGAGAAACUUAGAGGAAAAAAACUGAAUGAAAAACAAAAACAAAAAAAUAUUCUUGUUAUAUUUUUGUAUUUUAGCUGCCUCUUAGCUUUGCUGUUUGGUUUGGAGAAGAGGUUUAAAGGAGAGAUGGAGGGAAAGAGGAAAAUGGUCUUAACAAGCAGUCUGUUCAAUCUGAUGGUUUGAUGUACAAACCGACCCUUGAUCCCUCUUGUGUCCUUUGCUGGUUCAGUGUAAAGCCGCUUUUCCACCGCAUGGUACGGCUCAACUUGACUCGAAUACUAGCUUUUGGUACCGGGUAGUGCUGAUAGUGUCCCCUCAGCGUAGCCGGUCUUUGUGGCGACCCUGUGUGAAGCUGCCAUGACGUCAUCUUCAGUGCGACACACACACCAACAAUGUCGGACACCAAAAAGCACGGUGUUCCUGAUUCUCGUUAUGUCGCUGUUUGUCACAGCAAGGAUACAGAUUCAGUUUUCAGACGAGGCUGAAGGCAGCAAAACAAAAGGCUGCUGAUUAAAAAUAAGACAGUUUGGAAAAUCCUUCAUCAGAGCUCAGUCGUGCAAUGAUGACAGUGAUGAUUCUAGUGACGAUUCACCUUUUAGUCUCGUCUCAGCCCCCGCAGAACCUCGACCGAUUGAUACCAAACAAAAGUCCCGGGUAGCAUCCUCAACUUUUUCCCCGAUGGAAAACCAAAAAAGGCAAGUAGAGGCGAGUCGAGUUGAGCCGUGCCAUGCGGCGGAAAAGCGACUUCAGACAGAGAUUCGGGACUGCAUGUAUUCAAAACACACAAUGCAACGAAGCCAUGGUCUAAUUUGAAUUGUGUUUAAACAGUAACUUGCUGUUUAUAGUGUAGAGGAGUGGAGCCCAAUGAAUGCAAGAAAAACCCAGUAUGUCACCAUGGAGUUGCCAGGGAGCUAGGCGAGCACUGCCACGUCCGAUCAUGUACCGGUGGGAAAGGUUGUGACAGAUUCUCUAAGAAAGCCAAAGCCAUUAGAGUCUGUUCCACAUCAAUACGGAGUCAGCACCUGGGCAUCGUCACUGUCGUUUUCGCUCGUGUUUUCCCUCGUUAACCUUGUAGCUGUGUGAAUUUUGCAUCCGGAAGGGACUGGCUUCGCUCUCUUUGGGGCUGCACUGAUGAAUUUCUUGUCUGCCUGGCCUUCAGUUCUCAGCCUACGUUUUUCUCCUCACCAGUCACAGUAGCAAAAGAGUCGCUCAGCUCGUGUAAACACAGAGUAACAACACCCAGGCCACUAACCGACAGUCUGCAAAAAUUUUGGAGCCAGCGAGAGUGCGUGACACCUGUAUGCUUAAGCGGCCGCCUCAGAGGAAAGUCCCGCCAUUCCCCUAGAAUUGCAAAAUUCACCCGCUCACAAAGUAACCGGGCAAAUACGAGUGAAAAUAAGUGAGUCACGGGGCUGACUUCGGGCUAGUUUGAUAAUGGCUCCUGUGUGAGGAAAGACCCGCUUCACAGAAUGAAUCGUUGACGAUGUGUGAUGCUUUCUCAUGUAACUGGUUGAGGAUGCAGAGCUGUGGUCCUAGGCUGUGGUUUUCCUGUACCGUGUGUGCGUGAUUGAAUAACAGCUAGUGCUACAUACAUAUUUUUACUCUUGUUUUCUGUUCAAUCUAAAAAGGGAGAAAUGGUGCUUUUUUCUGAAAACUAGAAUGAUGAGUAUCUAUGAUUCUUAUUUGACUUGUUGUUAGUCUAGUUGUAGCCUAAAGACUCGCUCUCUCCCACCGUCCAUAGCUAUUUUCUUAGUAGUGAUUCAUUUUGUAAAUAGACUAUAAGUUAAAAAUGUAUCUUCUAAAUGUUAGAUAUAUGUAUAGAAUAUUCUAUCUUACAUGUUUGAAAACAAAAGCACUUUGUUCCAAAAAAAGGAAAAAAAAAAGAAAAGCAUUUUUUUCUUCCAUUUGCUGCUAAAAGGCCUGGUGUGAAUGCUGCAGUGCACUUGACGAUUACUUGCUAGGAUAGGUCUAUUACCUGACUUGGAUAGGUCUAUAGCGUCGCAAGAAUAGGUCUAUGGCCUGACUAGGUCAUGGGGUUAGAUUGGUCUGUCUGUGGCCAUGUGAUGAUAUGAGGUAUUGUGUGAUAGUAUAUCAUUGCUUGGCUGUAGAAAGCCUGAUGUCUUGGAUAUGCCUAUGUCUUUGACAGGAUAGGUCUAUUUCCUGGUCAGGGACUGUGUGGAUAGUGUGUUUGUGGUCUUAAAAGAGGUGUUUGAUUCCAGGGCCCCUACAUUGAUUCUGAUGAUGACCCCCCUUGGCGUCAUGAUUCAUUUGCCUUCAGUAGAGGUUUCCUAUGGAAAAACUGAUUCUGCUUUGGCUUCCUCUUCAGGGUGAUGUACAGUGUAGACACAUUUCUCCAGAGAGCUAUAUUAUCAUUUUUAAACUGAUUUCUACUUGUGACUUAAUGAGGAGGGGUGUAGCCUGGGGCGGCCAGGACGAGCCUGAUUGAAAGAGGUUGUUCCUGGCCGCCUUGGGGGAAGUUACUAUAUCACUGUACUGUAUGGCAAGCCAAUUACAAAUGGAAACUCAAUCCGGACACUUAUUGCCUUCUUAAAUAACUUUGUCACUUACACACAAACAAUAACAAUAAAAUGUAAGACAUCAGUCGGCUGCCGGCGGGUUCACCCGUGGUGUGUGGGCUGUGUCUACAAUAUGGUCAACAACAACAACAAAUCCAUUCAGCCUGAUUGGCUCAAAACAUGACUGAGGUAGCAGACAUGGGAGGAAUAGAUUUGAAAAUGGAUUCAAAUGUUUUCAGUACUCCUUGUGCUUGAUGUCACCAAAUCAGGCGCUCGAAUAUUUGAAGCAUAUUUUCAGCUACAGUUUUGCCUGAGUCUGACAGGGGGCGGACAGUGGCUCGUUGUUCAGCCAGUUUAAGGGCCGCUGGCUGGCCGACAGUAAGCUUGUGUGUUUUGUUGUCGAUCACGAGGCUGGUUCACGAAAGAGUCCUCACAGGUUUUUACAUUUAACAUGAUAGGCGCAAGCUGUGCAACUUUACAUUCAAACCAGGAGACUCUGUGGCAUUUUAACAGUCAAGGAAAUGAGUGAAAAUCCACGCCAGUAAAACUAUUCCUUAUCCUUUUUUUCUGAUGACAUAAAACCUAUACAGUCAAUUAUUAAGCUAAUAGAGUGUGUAAGUUUGUGCUACUCUUGUCCAAUAAAAGCUAAGUGGAUUCGUAAAGCUCUUCUUCAGCAAAUCAGGGUAAUAUUGUUCUUCUAUUUGAGAUAUGUGAUGACAUAUAAAAUCUAAAGAAAAUAUAUUUAUGUAUUCCAAUUUAUGUCGCCAUUCUUUCCUCUGUACAAAAAAAAAUAUUGUGUGUGUGUUAUUAAUUAUCAAUGUCAAUCAAUAUGGUGCAAUGCUCUCUACACAAACAGAAAAAAGGCCAACAAACCUGUCACAAGAAUUCACUAGGUUUUUCAGCUCUCUCAAAAACCCUUAUUCCAACAUACACAACUUAUUGCCGUUUCCCCUCAGGAGGGAUUUGACUCUGCUUUCCGGUUUUGAUCCAACUAGGGUUUGUCACAUGGUGCUGAUUACUUGUGAAUAUUAUUAUCCACGAAAUUAACUGGCAUGGGGUGAAGACAGCCUAUUUGUAUUCAGAUCCACCCAUAAGAAACAUUGCUCAUUCAUUUGAAAUAGUCGUCAUUAGACCAGACAUCCUUGUUUAUGUUGAUUGAUUAUAAAUGUUGACUGAAGGCAUGACUUCCCAGUUGGACCAAUCAGAGGAAGACACAGAUUCUUGUUCUAAACAGUAGAAUGGUGAUUUCUGUAUCAAUGAUCUGUAUGAUUGUUAUUAGGCAUACUAUUUGGAAAAAAAAACAACAACAACAAAAAAAACAGACUCUUGGAUUUGACGCCACAGCCCGAAGUCACAGAUGUGCUCCAAUCUGUGUGAGAGGCACAUAUUUACUGCAACUGCAAAAUGUAUUUACAUAUAUUCAUAGUCCUUGUUGGGCUGAUAAUGUCACAAAACCAACAUGUUUGACUGUGACGAACAAAUUAAUUAAUUAGUUUGAAGUAAACCAACCCUGACCCCCGUAGUACACCAAGUGCCCCACUGGGUGUGAUGUCCGAUCUCUAAGUCUGGAAUUAAAUUUUUUUUAUUUUAUGUUAUUUUUAUUUUUUUGAGGCAUUUUCAAGGUCUUGUCUUGUUCUAACUGGUGUGAGCUGCACUUGUUGCUUGUAAAACACUUCAAAUUUAGAGGCUGAAUGCUGACUCCACAUUUCUUCCCGUGUAAAAUAGAAAAAUGGAGAAAUGUACAAUAUGAGGAGAAUGCAGUGGGUAUGAUUUUAUUGCAUGCCAAUUCCCUGACUAGAACUGAGAGAAUCUUGUGACAUCUGGAAUUCCUGGCAACCGAAAUGGUUUGGAAACAAAUCUGGCAAAAUAUCUCUGAACCUUCUUCAACAAAACUUACUGCAUGGCUUUCGGGCUCACGAUAGACGUGAGUGUUUCUCAUUUCACUCAGUCUGAUGAUUUUGUACUUGCUGCUAAUGAAUGAGCACAAACAUGAGUUUGCUUUAGGAUGUCUUCAUGACACAAUUCCAGUAUAUUACGAGCCCCUGUUUUCACGCCCCCUUUUUCCUGCAAAAACACAGUCACCAGACCAACGCCGUUACUCACCUUGCACUUGGUUUUUACAAAUACUCAAGAAAAAAAAAAAACGAACAUUAUUUUGAAUAUGAUGCCUGCUGAACCAGGUGCCUUAAACAAACAAAUGAGAACACAAACUUGAUCUGCACCUUUUGUCAGUCUGGAGAGGGUUUCCCUGCAGAGACCAGGGGCUUGGUUUCCCAAAACAUCAAUGGACGUCGAAGGAUGUGACGUCUCUAUUGGCCAUGUAGCCGUUAUCCAAUCAAUGCUGACUGGCUGGGUAACUUAAAGACAUGAUAGGAGAACCUUAAAAUAUAUAUAUAUAUUUUCGUUUUUCAAAUCAAGACAUUUUCUAAAUAUCUAACUAGCACAUUUUAUGGUUGGGUAUGAGUUGUUUUCUUUUUCUGUUUUUCUGACUUUGUAUAAUUGAAGUCUCGGCGGGAUAAAAGCCCAGAUUUGUGAACUAAGUUGAUCUUGUUUUGGGAAACCAGGUUCAGGUCCUGUUUCAGCUCUUUCUCUGCCCACUACGCCACGCUAUUGUGUUUUCAGUGUUGGCUGCUGCUGCUAUUGCUGCUGGUGUUGUCCGUGUAGAGGAGAGCAGCUCCACUGUAUCCGAGACAGGAGAGCUCAGCCUGCUUUCACCUGUUCAACUACAAUGUAUUCCUCUUCUGCAGUUUGAACACGGGCCGCCGUGUUGCUGCCGCUCCAGACCUUUCUAGAAUGAAAAGACAAACUUAACCUUUCCUCUCCAUUCCUCGACAUUGCUAUUAUGAAGUGCCAGACCCUCCUUGAAGUCAGUGUUGGCACUUGAGUCGCACGAUGCGAAGCGACAACUGAGCAUGGAGGCAAACUGUGGUGCUAACAUGUCAUUGGCUGGGUGCUAACAUGGCUGCGUUUUAGCUGUUUUAGCCAUAUUCGUUCUCUUGAAGACUCGUCAGUCGCGUGUUUUUGACCGCUGCACUGCUGUACGCUGACAUAGCGAGGUCGAACUCUGCUGCUGCAGCUUUGCUGAUGAAUGUAGACUAGUCUUCCUCAGCAGGAUCUUAGAGAAGAGCAUGGUACAUAUUCUCGGUGGCGCCUUCCUGUCGUCAGAUCUUGAGUUAGACUUUGUUAGUGAGCAGAGAGCGAGACAGGCUCUCUUUAUCAUCAGGAUGCAGAAAGAUCAUGAAUGUUGUGUCUUUAUACGGCCACUGUCCUACUUAUGGUCAAACCUUUUUUUCAAUUAUGAUUUGAUAUUUAUGAUCUGAGUCUGUCAAAAGUUGCACUUUUGAUUUUUUUUUUUUUUUUGUUCUAAAUUGUACUUAAUUGCCUUUUCCCCCAGCCAUUUUUUUUUACUUGUUUACUUGUAUUUAUUUGUUUAGGUCUGUAGCUUAAAACCUGAGGACAUAUUCUCUUGAAUCUAGAUUAUAUUGCUGUUCCACUGAAACUGGCUUGACCAGGAGUCAGAGACUUGGCAUCCGUUCCACCAACAUAAAUAAAGUCACAAUGAAGUGAAAUAAACAUUUUUUUAUUUUCCAGUAGUUCCAAAACAUUUACAAAAUCUGUAUUUUCUGGUAGGUUUUCCUUUUUUUAAGCAAAAUCCCAUCAUUUUGACUUCCUAGAAAGCAGUGUACCAGUAGGCUUUACUAAAAUCUCCAACCAAUGAAACAUUUGACCCAUCAAAGACAAUAUAUAUGUUUUUUUCUCCCUAGCUGAUAUGCCAUUGGUUGACCCUUUUGAUUGAUCCCUUCCCACAUGAAACCCCACCAUAAUUUCAUGUUUCAACAUUAAAUUCAUAAAAUGAAGCAAGACUCUCUGAAAAAGCCGCUUCAUUGUGACUUGAAGCUUGCGGUGUGUGUGGAACCAGUGAGGACUUGUGUCACUGGAGAUGUUUCGGUGUCGGCCGGUAAACUGGUGUGGAGUCGGCGAGCCGAGCCUCUCCCUGACACAAGUCCGUCCUGCCAUGACUCUCGAGCGAGGUUCGGGAGCUCCAGAGCCCAAAAUGCGCUCCUGGUCAGGGGUCAGCUCUUGAAAAAGGAAAAUCUGACCCUGAGAUCAGUUUUCUGGGAUAGCCUCAUCUCCAUCCAGAGAUGUUGGAGCCCUCUGGAUGCCUCUUAGGAAGGGCUUUGGGUCCGCGGUGCGCAAUUGUCUUGCCAGGGAGCUCCUGAGAUUAGCCAGGGGUCACUAGGGCUGGUGGGCAGAGACCCCCUCCUUCCCCCCCCUGCCAUGAACCCUGAGAGGGGGGGGGGGGGGACUUUCAUUUCCUCUCCUGCAGACUGAUCUAAUAAACAAUAACAACCCAUCCUCAAUAAUAAAAAGCAAAACCCCCUCUUUCUGUAUCAACACACAUUAAACUCUUCAUCAUCCAACACUGCAAUGAUUUACAUCUCCUACCAGACUUUUGCCAAAAUGCAUGGAGCGAGAGAGAUUCAACAAAAAAAAAAAGACGAAAAAGAUUUAAAAAAAAAAAAAACAUUUCUCUUAAAAGCAUUCGUUCUGUGUUUUUUGAUAAUACUGGCGAAACAGUAACACGAUUUUCUAGGAAAUCCAUACAAGUCCUAACAUGUAGGGAACGUGGGAGAUAUCGGCCAUCCUGAGCUCCACAGCUACAUGCCGUCGUUGUGAUGCUUCUGAUCUUGUAUGGUAACUUAUUUGACUAGAUCAACAGCAUGGGAUCUUUCUGUAGCUAGUCCUGUGUGUGUUCCUCUCCCCAGUCUCAGUAGGAAGGCUGUACUUCAUUGCUAAGUGCUCUGUAAUAGAUCUCUUGGUGAUUCUUCUUCUUCUUCUUAUUUCAUAAAGCGAAACCUGCAGAAAGUGUAUCCUGCUGAAACUAACUUGAUCCUCUCUUUAGCAAUGACGUCUAUAUUUGUAGGUCACAUAUAUGCCUGUUCAAAUACAAUAUCUUGACAGUUGUAAUAUUUAUGUUGUGUAAUAAACAUCGUGCUGGGUUUAUACUUUUGUUCUAUCUAACUUUUUUCUUUACGUUUUACAUUGUAAACGUUUCUUUCUUUCUUUUGUUUUUUUUUUUUGUUUUUUUUUUUUUUUUUGGAGGCACAGUGGGUGGCAUGACAGCAUGGAAACCUAAAUGAUGAACUGUAUUGGUUGUAUUGUCACAACUUGUUCAGCUUCGGAGCUUCUGACGCAGUUUUAUGGCUCCGGCUGUUUGACAUCCUGCGGACACCUGCCCUGAAUCUCUGUUGUGUGUUAUUGUGCCUCUCUUUCACUUUUUUUUUCUUUCUUUCUUUCUUUUUUUUUUCAAUCAUCCUUUCUCUGUUGUAUCAGCCGGGAGUUGGUACCACAGUUCUGCUUGUAACCACAAUAGUCUGAUUACGUUUAUUGAUUUUAAUAUCAAAGUAAUAAAAACAUUAGCACCACA